GAAAAUUGCCUCCGGGAGCCAGAGCUUGCACCACAGCCCAGCGAAAGGCGCGGGGAGGAGCAGCCGGAUCCCAAGGCAUGAGCAGCGUGGAAGUGGCACCCCGGGAUCUGGCGGAUCCGUGCGCGUACUAUGACUGAUCCUGAGCUUUUCAUCUGCCUCCACAGAGCCCAGCCGCUGGAUUUAAGGUAGUUUGCCCAGGACCAGGCUUUGCUAUGUUGGCCAAGGCAGUGCUUUCUCUUGGUCUGUGGCUGCGGUUCGCUGCAGGACAGGACACACCUGAGCGAGGUCCCCGGCCGCCCAUUUCCAACACAGAGGGCGACCUCCUCCUCCUGCUGGACAGCUCCGCCAGCGUCUCCCACUAUGAGUUCUCCAGGGUCAAGGAAUUCAUGUGGGACCUGCAACCUUUCACCUUCGGCCCCAGAGACGUCCAGACCAGCAUCAUCCACAUCAGCACCACGCCCACCAUGGAGUUCCCGUUCGACCGGCACCUGUCCGGCGGGAGCCUGAGGCAGGCGAUCCGGGGCACGCGGCAGCUCAUGGGGGACACCAACACGGGCAAAGCGCUGUCCUUCGCCAAGGAAAAGCUCUUCAGCGGCGAGGCUGGAGCCCGGCCAGACGUGCCCAAGGUGCUGGUUUGGGUGACGGACGGCUUCUCCACCGACGACAUCUCCGAGCCCAUGCGGCUCCUGAAGGACAUGGGGGUGACGGUGUUCAUCGUCAGCACGGGCCGGGGCAACUACCUGGAGCUGUCUGCUGCUGCCAGCCAGCCCCCAGACAAACACCUGCACUUUGUGGACGUGGAUGACCUGCCCAUCAUCACCAAGGAGCUGCAGGAUGGGAUCCGAGAUGUUCUCCAAGCCAACCGGCUCCACGCAGUCGAUGUCACCUCAAGCAGCUUCCGUCUGAUGUGGCCCAAGCUCCUCUCCCAGGAAACUGGCUACUACACCCUGCAGUACGCCCCAACAGAUGACCUAGCAAGGAAGAGGACAAAGCAGGUGUCUGGGGCUCACACCAGCCUCCUGCUGAGCAACCUUGCACCAGAAACCACUUACGAGGUGGCCCUCAUUCCUGAGUCCAACGUCCACUACUUCCCUCCCCAGACAACGAGGGUCACCACGCUGGCAGAGGAAAUAAGCCCAGCUCAGGUUCUCAUCUCAGAGUCCGGGCCACGCAGCUUCCACGUGAGCUGGGCUCCCACGCUGGACAGCGUGAUGGGCUACCAGGUGCUGUAUGGACCCCUCCCAGGGAACUCAGUGAAGGUGCUGGAGGUGGAUGGGAGGCACAACAGCACCGUGGUGGAGAACCUGGCACCCAACACCACCUACCUGGUGACAGUGACCGCAAUCUACAGGUCGGGGAAGGAGAAAUCCCUGUCAGCCAAGGCGUGCACCCAGGAAGAGGGCUCCAAGGUGAGGCACCUUCGCUUCGAGGACGUGGGCCCCAACACCCUGAAAGCCUCGUGGGACUCUGCUGCCGGGCAGGUGGUGGGGUACAGGGUGCGGUGCCGGCGGCAGGCGGGCCCGUCCUCGGUGCUCAGCGUGUCCCCGCGGGUGCACAGCGUGCUGCUCACCGACCUGGCCGCCGGCACCGCCACCGAGGUGUGCGUGAAGCCCGUGUACAGGAACCAGCCCGGCAGGAGGCUCUGCCGCACGGUGCACACGCAGCCAGCGACAGAGGCCCAGGGGUACAGGCACCGACAGAGAGCGUGACGGACCGGAGGGAAGAGAUUCCCAGCAGAACAAGGGAUCCUGCUUGGACAAACACCUGGACAAAAAGGAGGGCUCAGGGGAAGCUCAGAGAUCAUCUCCCAGCCUGCACCGUCCCUUCAGGUGUCCUGGUGGUGGAGCCCAAAGGUGUCCUCAGCCAAGUUCUCUGAAAGCUUAAAGGUUUGGCUUGGCUGGGUGGAACAAGCAAUCUGAGCAACAGAUCCCAAAUCCAUGCCCUCUUUUAUAGGAAUAUGCCCAGCAAAUAACAAACAGAAGGCAAAGUGGUGAACCCUCACUCUUGCUUGCUUGCUGCCUGUUCUCUAUUUAUUAAAUGUCAACACAGUUUUAUUUUUGCAGCUUCUGAGCACUUUCUAGACUUGACUGUUCACUGCCCUGGCCUCUCAUCCAGGGUACUCUGAGGAAGAUUCCGUGUGGCCAAAUCCAUUCCUGCUCUCAACAGCCACUGAACCUGGAGUCUGAGAGAGCAGGAAACUCAAAACCCUGGGAAUUUGCUUUCCCAGUGGGUUAUUCCAGAGCUCUGAGCCCUCAGCUGAGCUCAAGGAGCAGCAGUGAGUCCAGAAAAGCCAGACAGCAACACCAUCUAGAGCACUUAUUUUUGUUUCUCCUCCAAACAGCAGUGCAGUCCUGCCUGGCUCAUCACCACUGCAAUCAUUUCACCAGACUGGAUGUGAGUCCUGCUGUCAGAGCAGCUAUAUGGAGAUUAAUCAGCCUGUUCUGUGACUAAUUGCAGGCAUUAAGUCUCCAGCAUUAUCAUUCCUCUGCACACACCUAGCCCAUAUUUAGUGUCUUGUCCUGGGCUUCCACCCAGUGCUAAGCUUGAGCUACACUUCAAAAUCAGGUUUUUAGGGGAGAAGAGUAAAUCUGAUUCUUUCCUUUUGGCCCCAGGCUUGAAUUUGCUGUCACUGAAGCUCCCCUGGAAAGUGGAGCUGGCAAAAAAAAAAAAAAAAAGAAACAAAUUAAAUACCUAGUGACACAGCAACUGGUCUCAAAAUUAGAGCUGUAAAGAAAUGUAAAUACUUCUCUGCUAAACCCCAGAUCAGUGGGAACACCCUCCCUCAGUAGCACCUGCUCUGUUUUAAAUGUAUUGCUUAUUUGUCCUACACGUGGAACUCGUUUUUUGAAGCUGUGCUGGUUUUUUUUUUUUUUGGAGAGCCCCACUCAGCGUCCCAAACCCUGCUUUGGACUUCUUAAAACAGCUCCUUUGGGAGCUGAGAGGAACUUUAUCCCUGGCCUUGUCUCCUGAGUGCUGAAUUUUAUCACCUGUAGGUUUGUGGAGCAUUUUCCAAGGUGUGUCUUGCCCAGGAGGAAGGGAUGGAGGGAGGUGAGUCACUCAUUAACUCCAUAAGGAGAUUUCCUGGGAUUUGUGUCCUUUGGAAUGUGCAUUUGGGACUGAUUAAGCUCCUUGCUGAAGGGAUGAUCAAGCCUCUGGAACCUCUCAUGCAAUAGGAUGGUCUUGUUCGUUCUUGCUGUAGGACAGAAAUUAAGUUUGCACAACUCCCUGCGUAGUUUAUUAAUCCAUUAACAUGUCACCCCCCUCCCCCCAUUGUAACACACCCCUUUGGAAAAUAAUUAAAUAUAAAUACAA